AGCGGGCGGGCGGGCGGGCGUUUGGGCGAUCAGGAAAUGGAGGGCGGGGUAGGAUUGGCGAUUGGGAUGUUAACAGUGCAAGUAAUAGCAGCUACAUUACAGCUGCUGUCGAGGGUCAUUCUGGGCCAGGGAAUGUUUGUUUUUGCUCUCAUGACUUAUCGCCAUCUCAUCGCAUCUCUCUGUCUCGCUCCUUUUGCUUUCUUCCGAGAAAGGGAGUGCAUGAAGAAAGUGAACUUGCUCGUUUUUAUGUGGAUAUUUCUGGUGUCGUUUUUCGGGGUAAUUAUAGCAAUUGGCUUUUUCUAUUAUGGGCUUCGAGAUACAACGGCAACAUAUGCUACAAACUUCAUCAAUUUGAUUCCAAUAGUCACAUUUGUCUUCUCAAUAACAAUACGUGUAGAAAAGCUACGACUUAAUGCCAAGGAUGGGAAAAUUAUGGUCAUGGGAGCAACGCUUUGCCUUGUGGGAGCGUUAAGUACUGCAAUGUACACCGGAAAAACUUUCUACCUCAGGAAUGUGGCCGACAACUCGAACAAUCUAUUAUUCCAUUUGUUUGAUGAUGGUAUGCCGCCGAAUUGGACACGCGGCACUAUAUUUCUAGUCUGCAGUUGCUUGGGAUAUGGUUUUUGGUUCAUUGCACAGUUUAAAUUGUACAAGAUAUACCCACACACAUAUUCGGCAAACUUGCUCAUAUGCAUAACCGCCUCCUUUCAAAGCAUGGUAGUCGGUUUAUGCAUUGAUAGAAGAAUGGCGUCCUGGGCUCUCGGAUGGAAUUUGCAACUAAUCACCAUUUUUUACUCUGGCGCACUGGCAACGGGAGCAACCUUUUGCUUAAUCUCUUGGGCUAUUGCAAAAAAAGGACCCACUUAUCCUUCAAUGUUCAAUCCAUUAUGCUUGGUCAUGGUGGCAAUCACUGAACUUGUUUUCUUUGGCGCCGGAAUCUCCCUUGGAAGCUUGAUUGGGAUGUCUCUAAUCAUACUGGGAUUGUAUCUGUUCCUAUGGGGAAAGAACAUGGAGAUACAAAGUGAAGAUCACUUGGUGAUAAUAAUGGAUGGCGAAGCCGCUGUCAAGUUGCUAUCAUAACAACGGCUCUAGUUGUGCCUGCUUCAUUAUUUCUUCAUUCCCCUAGUGAUCAUUGUAUUGGUAGUAUGUAACAAGUUACAACUCUGAUAAAUGGAACAUAUUAAGCAUGUGGUAGCUAUCUCCAUAUAUGCAUACUCUCUUCGUCCGAAAUUUAGUCUUGUUUUCGUUUCUUCGAAAUUGGUGGUUCACUUUGUAUAUCUAAUAUAACCAUAUAUCUCAAACAUACAAUAUAUAAAUCCUCAAAUAAGAUAUGAGUACUGUU